CACGUGCUUUCGCGGCACGUAUGGUGAACACAUACCUCCUUCUCUGAACCAGCAAUUAGGGGUCUCCAUUGAGAACUUCAGGGCUAAUUGCUUGGUAGGUGCGCAGUCAUAAAACCUGCUUACAGACCAAUCGCUGGCCCCCGUUGAGCGUCAGCAGCGCUGGAACCAUAACUCCGUGGGCCAAACUCCCGGUAAGACUGUGUAGAUUUCCGAAAGUGCCGUCCGGCUCAAAUCUUUAGAACUACUUCUGCCGACAGUGGCAGUUAAAGAUAAUUCUCUUGCAAGCAAGCAGUUCUUCAUUUAGCUCUGACGAUUACAGUCAUGGAAAUAACCUGGGUAUUUUGCAUCUGUGUUUUCCUAGCAUCUUGGGUUGAAGAUAUUACAAGUGACGAUCAGUUGAGUACAGUGCCAUCUACAAACACGACAGGAUGUCAGUUUUGUCCACCAGGUUUCAAAGUAGAACAGCAAUGCACUGACAUAACGGAAACAACGUGCGCCCCCUGCCGCCCAGGAGAGACAUUCUCAGCGACAACUGACAACGAAACUGUGUGUAAGAAUUGCAGUGAAUGUCCAGAACACGCUUUGCUGCAUACAAAGUGCAACGUGACUCAUGAUACGGAAUGUAUUUGUGAGAAAGGGUUUUACUGGGACAACGAAAACAGAAUGUGUCAUCAAUGCGAGCUUUGCUCUCACGGAUGGGGAGUAGCCAGACAGUGUUCCCCAACAAGGAAUACCGUCUGCCGGAAGUGUCCACCUGGCACCUACUCUGGACUUUUGAGUGGUACCCUGGGGUGUGAGUUAUGUACCACGUGCCGUGGUAACCAGGUCAUGCUGCAAGAGUGCACGCCUAUUCAAGACACCAUCUGUAUUGACAAAGAUCUUCAUCAAAGAAGGCUCUUGCCAACAGAUCUACCCGGCCAGAUGUCAAAUAAAGCAGUCAAUUACACUCAACACAAUGUGAUACCUGUUUACUGCACCAUUUUAGUAGCAGUGCUGCUGGGUGUCCUGGUGUUCCUAGUGCUUCGAUGGAGACUGCACCAUACCAAGACCACUCACUGUAAGGAACUAGCACCUGGACACAGCCACGAAGGGUCUUUAGACUCUAGCAAAAGAAUGCUUCUUGCGGAGUCAGACCAAUCAUUGAAACUGAUCCCCGUGCAGUCUUUUCCACAAACAGCAAUGUUGAAAAUGAAGCUUAAAGAACUCUCAUCUGAAAAACAAAUGGAACUGGAAGCAAGUUUAAAUACCAAAAGACAAGAUGGACGAGACUGGGUAGGAUUAGCCCAACAAUUAGGUUACUCCAAGUCUAGCAUCUCAGUAUUUGAAGACUUGGGAAAUGACAAGAAAGGGCCUGCACAUGAAAUGCUAAUGGACUGGAGCCACUCUGAAUAUGCCACUAUUGAGGUUCUCAUUAGAGCCUUGGUAGGUUUGGGGCGUAUGGAUGUCGUUACUCUACUUCAACCAACAUGUGAGAGAGUGUAUUCUCCUCUUCAUCCAGAUUGCAUGGUGUGAAAUUCAACAGAAUAUACUGCUGUGUUGUUAACAGAAGUGGAUUGGUGGCAAUUUAUUUCACUCUUAUAUCAAUGUCCUCAUAACCUUCAGGCGGUUGUUGUGAUUUUGAAAUACUUAUGGCCUUUUCCACUUGUCCUAAAGCAGAUGGUGAAGUCUGAAGAGAAAACGAAACACAUAACUUGAAAGAAUUAUGGGUAAUCAAUUAUUGAAGAUUACGCUUUCAAAGAUCUGAAAUGGUAACCAUAACUCAAAAAUGUUAUAAUGAAUGACUAGCAAAAUCAUUUUAAAACACUAAAAAUACAUAACAAUAUUGCUGCUAAUUUCAAACCAAGUAACUUAUUAAAUUCAGUCUUUCAUCUGAAAGCAAGAUAAAUUGUUUGUAAAGUUUAAUGGUCAGAUCACAUUGUAACAUAGUUUUCUAUGCCAAAUCUUUAAUUCCUAACUCUCAUACUGGUUCUUUGUUAAGAAAUCUAGUUUCCUCUUUGGAAAUAAGUAUCUCGUAAGUACAAUUCAAAUAGUUUCCUCUGUAUUUAGGUUACAUUUCAAAUUACAGUAAUAAUGACUAUUGUUUGUGAAUAGCUAUAUUGUGCUCAAGCAAUAUUCAUGUGUAGUAAUACAUGUAAUUUAGGUAAAAACAAAGACUGAUACAUUACAUAUUUUUACCAAUAAUCUCUAAACAUCAUUACAUGCUUUUUACAUUUCAACUAUAGAGCUAAACCAAAGUUAAAUUCUUUAUCUGUAAUAAAGUUCAUUGCAUCUAGGUAUGAACUAAGGUUAGAAAAUUGCCGAAGUUUUACUUUUUUCAACCAUUUGUAUUACUAACGUUAGGUUUCAAAUAACAUUGUCUUCAUAUGUAUAUUCAUUUGUGAAAUUUUUUCACAAUGAAUCCUGUCAUAUACAAGGUGCUCUGUAUUUGGUUUAUUACAAAAAAUCUCAAAAAAAGCUAAAUGUAUUGGCAUAAAAACUGUGUAAAUAGUGUAAAUAAUGUAAA